AUUUCGGCCCCCUCAUCUUGGCUAUCGCCGCUGGCCUCAUGCUAACGAGUCAUGGCUGGAACGAAAAGUACGGUGGGUUCGGGACGGCACAUCACAUAGAUACCCCUGGCCCCCGCGCGCUCUGAUCAAAAGGAUCGAUUAGAAGGGGAGGAAGCUUUGCGCACGUCCCCUACACCUUUUACUUUUUUCUUUUUUUCACCUUCCCACAGAAAGGUGCAUGUACUGUGUACUGUACCUAGCAGCCAUCACGAUCUACAAUGGAGCACCCAGAAUUGACUCCUGCGCGCCAAUGUGAACCAGUCGCCAUCGUGGGCAUAGGAUGCCGCUUACCAGGACAAGCGUCCUCGCCAUCCAAAUUAUGGGAGCUGCUCGUGCGGAACGAGACGGGCCACGGCCCCGUCCCACGCGAGCGCUACAACGCCGCGGCGUAUUACCACCCGGACGCCGAACGGCCCGGGAGCAUCAACUCGACGGGGGGGUACUUCAUCCAGGAAGAUAUCCGAGCGUUCGAGAACGCCUUCUUCGGCAUCAACAACCUCGAAGCCACGUCCAUGGACGCCCAGCAGCGGAAGCUCCUCGAGGUGACCUACGAGGCGUUCGAGAACGCCGGCAUGCCCUUGGAGAGGGUCCAGGGCUCCAAGACCGGCGUCUACGUGGGCAACUUCACCAACGACUUCCUGAACAUGCAGUACAAAGACCCCGAGUACUUCUCCCGGUACAGUGCCACCGGGUCGGGCCUGACCGUGCUGGCGAAUCGCAUUACCCACUGCUUCGACCUGCGCGGCCCGUCGCAUGUGGUGGACACGGCGUGCUCGUCCUCCUUGUAUGCCCUGCAUUCGGCAUGUCUGGCCCUGGAGGCCCGCGACUGUGACGCGGCCGUGGUGGCGGCCGCAAACCUUAUCCAGUCGCCGGAGCAGCAGAUGGUUGCCGUGAAAGCCGGCAUCCUGUCGCCAGACUCCAUGUGUCAUACCUUUGACGAAUCGGCCAACGGCUACGGUCGAGCUGAGGGGGUGUCGGCCGUCUAUCUGAAGCGGCUCAGUGAUGCCCUAAGAGAUGGAGAUCCCAUUCGCUCCAUUAUUCGAGGAACCUCGGUCAAUGGGAAUGGUCGGACACCAGGCAUUGUCCAGCCCAGCGUGGAAGGGCAAAAGGCCGUCAUUCGGGCAGCGUAUCGUCGGGCAGGUCUGGAUCCAGGAGACACGGACUACGUCGAGGCGCAUGGAACCGGCACCAAGGUCGGGGAUCCUAUUGAGGUCGAGGCCAUAUCCGGGGUCUUUCAUCAUCACACGGGACGGCCGACGCUCGUUGGGGGCAUCAAGCCGAAUCUGGGUCACAGCGAAGGAGCGAGCGGUAUCUCGAGCCUGAUCAAAGUCACUCUUGCGCUCGAGAAUCAGUUGCUCCCUGCGACGGUCGGGGUGAAGGCUAUCAACCCCAGCAUUCGAACUAAGGAAUGGAACGUCGAUAUUGUUACUGCCAACAAAGCAUGGCCGGUAUCCCGCGUCCCGCGAGCCUCGGUCAAUUCUUUUGGUUUUGGAGGCUCAAACAGCCACGCGAUUCUGGAAGCAGUACCGAGGGACCAACGGACCAGCGCCGCUGGGAAUUCGCCGAUAGAGGGGCAUACAGAGGACAGGCUCUAUCUCUUACCUCUUUCGGCUCGGUCUGAGACCUCUCUUCGACAGAUGGCCAGUAACUUGGCUGAUUUCGCUGCUGCUCAGUCGGGCCAUCCUAUUCAAAUCAAUGAUCUGGCUUUCACACUAAGCUGCCGUCGCUCCAGGAUGGCGGCUCGUGGCUUUCUCAUCGAAUCCCAAGCGAGUCUAAACAAAGGAGUCAAUGUGGCGAACCUGAAAUUGCGAGAGUCGGCCAGCGAAGGCGCACCAUUGCCGUUGGUCUUCGUUUACACCGGGCAGGGCGCACAAUGGACUGGAAUGGGGAAGGGGCUUCUGAGCCAGAACAGCGUGUUUAGAAAGACUAUCGGUUAUCUUGAUUCGUGCCUCCAAGCUCUUGAUCCUUCAGAUGCGCCCGCCUGGACGCUGGAGGACCUUUUGCGCGGUGACCAAAUGUGCGAUACGAGCGCCGCGGACAUUUCACAGCCCCUGUGCACGGCGGUGCAAAUUGCAUUAACGAAUCUUCUCAAAGACUGGGGUGCUCUACCAGAGAUGGUAGUGGGUCACUCCUCCGGCGAAAUCGGAGCGGCGUAUGCGGCCGGGGCGAUCGAUGCCCGGCAAGCCAUCCUUGCAUCGUAUUUCCGCGGAGCUGCUGUCGCCGACGAUCCCACCGAGGGCUCCAUGGCUGCCGUGGGACUUGGGAAAGAUCAGGCCGCGGCGAUCAUCGAGGAAUAUGCGUUGAGAGACUCUGUAACUGUCGCAUGUGCAAACUCGCCGGAGAGCAUCACCGUAAGUGGGGAUACAGUGGCCGUGGAUUCUCUACUCAAGGUGUUCCAAGAGAGAGGCAUCUGGGCUCGAAAAUUGAAGACUGGAGGCAAAGCAUAUCAUUCGCACCAUAUGAAAGCUCUGGGUCCGAGAUAUGAGGCCUCACUCCAGCGCUAUUGGGAUAAGGCCACUAAUGGCCACAGUAACGGGCUCGUUACUGGAGACGUUGAUGGUCCGGCAACAUCAGUGGUCAUGAUGUCCACCGUGACUGGUCGGCCGGUAACCACAAGUCAAGUCGGGACGCCCACCUACUGGCGUACAAAUCUCGAAUCUCCGGUGCGAUUCGAUGAAGCCAUCAAGACCAUCUUGGCGAAGACGAGCUAUCAUCUGGUAGAACUGGGUCCGCACUCGGCGUUACAACUCCCCAUCAAGCAGACUGCCUCCACCCUCGAACAAUGUCGCUAUUUUUAUGAUUCCGCUCUCAUCCGUCACCAAGAUGCGUCGUUGACCAUCCUUCAAGUUGCCGGCUCACUAUUCUUGCACGGGCACGAUGAGCUUCGAUACCGUAAGAUGCUUGCCGAUGGAUCUCGGCCGCAUGUCUUGGUUGAUUUGCCUCCUUAUCCUUGGGAUUAUAGUGCUCCCACACUGUGGUCUGAGCCUCGCGCUAGUAUCGAGUUCCGCCACCGCAAAUAUCCACGGCACGAUCUCCUCGGAUCCCCACUGGUGGGAGGGAGCACCGCAGGGGUGACGUGGCGAAACAUAUUGAACCUGACGGAGAUCGAAUGGCUCACGCAUCACUGUCUGGGCCCGUCAGUGGUCUUCCCUGCCGCGGCAUAUAUUGCAAUGGCCGUGGAGGCGAUGUGCCAGGUUGCAGGUCUGCAGCUGGAAGAUUGUCCGGGUGUAGAGCUUCGUGAUCUGAACUUCAUCAAGGCUCUCGAUAUGGACCCGGAGAGAAAGUCAACGGUGGAGAUCUUCACCGAGAUGCAGUCGAUGAGCAUUUCCAGCCUGACAAGCUCUGACAAAUGGUGGAGAUUCCGUGUGCUCUCGAUUGACAGUGAUUCCCAGUCGACCUUGCACAUGAACGCGGCCGUUCGCCUAGCGGAAAAAGCCUCACCGCGGAUUACUCGAAACAUCAAGCUCGACAGGUCAAACAUGCAACAAGAUGCGGUCCGUGUCUGGUAUGACAAGUUCACUCGAGAAGGGCUCAACUGGGGUCCCCAGUUCGCGGUCAUGGAGGAGGUUUUCCGAGACCGUGCGCGCGCGGCUCACGUAGCAGCUGCCACCACACAUCUCCAGCGUGGUGAACCCUUCGGUCAAUACAUCGCCCAUCCAAUCUCCAUUGAUGCGAUGCUGCAGACGGCUUUUGUUGCAACCACUGCUGGCUGGGUGAGCAAGCUCCGAGCGACGGUUCCGGUUGCGAUGGACUCGGUCUACAUAGCAGCUCCGUCGGCCCUCGACAUGGAUACCGACAAACCGUGGUGCAUUGACACCAAGUCAGAGAGUGUAGGGUUUGGAACGGUGAAAAUCGAUGCGGAGCUGUUCAACUCGUCUGGCCAGGUCUUGGUCAGAAUGAGCCAAGCUCGUUGUAUCGCCUACCAAGGGAACAAACACACGGAAACCCCUGAGCAACGCAAUCCACUCGUGCGAGCGGCAUGGAAGCCCGCGCUCUCGGCGCUAACUAGCCGGGGCCUUGACGAGUACCUGAACCGAUUCGCACAGAGCUACAGGUCUAGGGAAUUGCCUGAUGAGAGCGUGCUGCGCCUGGCCGGUGCCUUGGAUUUGGCCUGUCACCAGCGCUGUAACAGCAAUAUCCUCGAACUCGGCGACCAAAGCCAAAUAGCAGAAGCUGUUCGUGGGCUUCUACGAGUUGACUCCUCUUUCAGGAGGUAUAACACCUACUAUCGUGGGGUCCUUGCAGACGGUGAUCUGGUAGGUGGGGAGGUUUUUUCAGUGACUGCAGACGAGCAGAACUCAGAGUGCCCAGGGAGGAUCCCCCAGGACAAGAAGUUUGAUAUAGUCCUUGUCCCCUCGGUUGAUUGCUGGACGCCGGCUCUUUCUAGCAGACUUACACCAGGAGCAACUGUCAUCGCGGUAGGGGAUGCACCGCCCAGUGACGCUAUCACUUGGACGAAUGUCAUCAAAGAAGCAACUCCCUCCCUUGUCACAGUUGCGACUUUCGGCAGCCUUGCUAGGAAGGCAAAGGCGGAUAAACCCCCGACAAUCGUGGUGACCCGAGAUGACAAGAUUACACCCCUAGAUCUACAGCUUCAAAAGACCCUACAAGGACAUUUCGGAACUGUCGUCGACAUCAUUGGCUUGUCCCAGGUCAGCCCCGCGACCGUUCCGGACCGUUCAUUCGUCGUAUCCACUCUAGAGCAGCAGCAGCCUCUGCUGACCACGAUCAACGAGCAUGAACUGGCACAGCUCCAGAGUAUUACCGAUCGCGUAGCGAAGAUUGUAUGGAUUGUCAAUGGCGGUUUCAUUGGGGGAGAAAAGCCCGAUUUUGCGCCCGUUUUGGGACUCUCCCGUGCGCUCAUGCUCGAGCAGCCUUCACUCCAAUUCGCGGUUCUCGACAUGGGCGACGAGACAUCAUCGACCUCAUCAUCUGCUGCUGCUUCUGCUGACACUCUGCGGAAUGUUGUUCAUGUGCUGGACCGACUGAUCCACGACCCGGAACCGGACUUCGAAUUCGCGCAACGGGACGGCGUCCUCCAUAUCUCUCGCUGGGAGCCAGACGAGCGCCUCAACGAGACCUUCCGUCUCAAACAGAACAGGGACACCGUUGACCUCUCUCUAUCAACCGCUCGAGGCUGCAAAUUGGGUAUCAAGGACCCGGGGCAAAUGGACACGAUCCACUUUGUGCAGGAGGAGCAUCAUCCAACGGCCUUGCAUCCGGACUAUGUGGAAAUCAGCGUGAAAAGCGUCGGUAUGAACGCUAAGGAUCUGUAUGCUAUCAGCGCCAAGGUCGACACCAAAGAUGCAUCGUGUUCGUGCGAAUGUGCCGGUGUUGUUACCGCGGUAGGCGGCAAUGUUUCCGAGUUCAAGACCGGGGAUCGUGUCGUUGCAAUGGCCCCCGGCCAUUUUGCAACCGUCGAGCGCUUCCCACAUUGGGCCGUGUCGAAAUUGCGCGAGGAGGAGGAUUUCACGACGACCUCCACGAUUCCGAUUGUUUUCUCAACGGUCAUUUAUGGAUUGAAGUACCGGGCGCAUUUGCAGCCGGGAGAGACUGUUCUCAUUCAUUCCGCUGCCGGAGGAGUUGGACUUGCGGCUAUCCAAUAUGCGAAACACCUCGGAGCAAAGAUUUUCGCCACUGUCGGGAAUGAGUCCAAGAAGUCAUUCCUGGUUGAGAAGUACGGUCUGGAUCCCGCGCAUAUUUUCAGCUCGCGCAAUUCCUCCUUCCUGCCUGCCAUUAUGGAAGCGACGUCUGGUCAGGGAGUUGACGUGGUCUUGAACUCGCUCACCGGGGAUCUCCUGCGCAGCAGCUUCGAAGCCUGUGCCGACUUUGGCCGCUUCGUCGAAAUCGGGAAACGUGACAUCCUCGACCAUGGGGUCCUGGACAUGUCCACAUUCGGCUGCAACGUCUCCUUCAUGGCCUUCGACCUGUCCAACCUCUAUCUCUCCACCAAGUCCGCCCAUCAUCAACUCUGGAAAGCCCUCCUGACGGAGAGUCUGGAUCUGGUGCGUUCCAAGAUCUGCGAACCUUGUUUGCCGAUCAAGACCUUUGAUGCGUCGGAUAUCACCGACGCGUUCAGGCACUUCUCGCUGGGCACGCGACUGGGCAAGGUGACCGUGUCGUUCCAGGACCCGAACACCGAGAUCAAGGUGAUUCCGUCCAAGUAUGAAACAGCCUUCAGUGCCCACAAGUGCUACCUCAUGAUCGGGUGCCUGGGCGGGCUCGGUCGCAGUCUGUCCAAGUGGAUGAUAUCGUGCGGGGCGCGCCGCUUCAUCUUCAUGGGUCGAUCCGGUACCGACAAGCCCGAGGCGCAGAACAUGGUCGACGAUCUCCGGGCCCAAGGAGCCCACGUCACCGUGAUCCGGGGCGAUGUGUGCCGGUACGAGGAUGUCGAACGCGCCGUCGCAGCCGCGGCAGACUGUCCCAUCGGGGGCGUCAUCCAGGCCGCCAUGGCGCUCAGCGAGGCUCUCUGGAGUGAAAUGUCGCACCGUGCAUGGCACACGACCCUGGGGCCCAAAGUGCAGGGCACAUGGAAUCUUCACCAUGCGUUGUCGCGAAGCCACCCCCAGCUGGACUUUUUCGUCAUGACCUCCUCCAUCUCCGGCACCGUGGGCACGGCGACCGAAAGCAACUACUGCGCGGCCAAUGCCUUCCUAGACGCGUUCGCGCGUUACCGCAACCACCUCGGACUACCGGCCAUCUCGAUCGGCUACGGCAUGAUCUCGGAAGUCGGGUACCUGCACGAACACCCAGACAUUGAGGCCCUGAUGAAGCGCAAGGGCAUCCACCCCAUCAACGAAGACGAGCUCCUCCAGAUCAUGAACCUGGCGCUCGUGAAUCAAGGGCCCCCAACGUGGGACUCCCGCUACGACCAUCUGGCAGGCAGCCACCUCCUCACUGGAGUCGAGUUCAUCGGUCUGCACGAGCAGCGCGACCGAGGCUUCGAGGGCGACAACCACGUCUUCGCCGAUCCACGAGCGGCACUAUUCACGGCAUCCUUCGCCCGUCGCCGCGCCGCGGGCGAGUCACAGCACAGCACCGUUGCGGCGCAGCAUCUCCCCGCGGACAUCGCGCGCGCAAUGCUGCUCCGCGACCAGCAGGAUCCCAAGUCGAUGCUCCCUGCCCUGCGCGCGGUGGUGUCGAAGAAGAUCUCCAACCUCAUCCUCCUCCCGGAGACGGAAUUGGAUCCAGAUCGCCCCCUGGGCGACUUUGGGUUGGACUCGAUGCUGGCGGCCGAGUUUCGGACGUUUGUGUUCCGGACCUUCGAGGUCGACGUCCCCUUCGUUGUUCUGUUGCAGAGGAAUACGACGGUUAACCUGCUGGCUGAGUUGAUUGCUCAGGGUUUGCUGCAGGCGGGUGCUUAGGUGCUGGGCUUGGUUGUGGUAGUCGUUUGGUAGAGGAUAGGGAUGACGUUGUGCAUCAUAAUCAUAGCAAU